AUGAUGCGUCUCUUUUUGUUGUCACUUAGUUUCGUUUUUUCUCUUGUAAUCUUUCAAAGCGGUUUCCUUCUUAAAAGGAAGGAACUUCACAUGUUAAGCAAAUGCAGUGACGCCAAACUACCUCAUUCAGAAUGUUGGAUGCAGCGGCAGUUUAAAAAGGUUGUAGUCCUUCUAGUUGAUGCCCUUCGCUACGAUUUUCUCGAUCCUCCGGAAAAUGAUACUCCACGCUCAUUUUUCCGUGGUCAUAUGCCCGGUGUGAAAAAGCUAAUAGAACGCGGUGCAGCGAUUGGAUUACUUCUUGCCGAUCCGCCCACGACUACGUUGCAAAGAAUCAAAGCAAUCAGUACAGGAACGCUGCCAACAUUUAUCGAUGCUGGUGACAAUUUCGCUCCAAGCGCUCAUAUAAAUGAGGAUAAUAUCUUCUUCCAAGCCCGCAACAAAAACCUGAAUGUAACCUUCAUGGGAGAUAAUACAUGGACCUCUCUAUAUCCGGAUGUAUUCACGCGCGCACAUCCAUUCGACAGCUUCGAUAUUCACGAUCUUAAUACAGUUGAUGCAGUUGUGAAAGAGUUGCUGCACGACGAGUUACUAUCACAGUCCCCUGCGGAUCUUAUCGUGGCUCAUGUGCUCGGAGUAGAUCACUGUGGUCAUAAGUAUGGACCUAAUCAUAUCCAAAUGACUAACCAGCUGAGAAAGGUGGAUGAGAUUAUUUUGGAGACAGCAAAUCAGUUGUUCGAUGACGAUCUCUUGGUAGUGCUCGGAGACCACGGUAUGACAUCCACAGGUGAUCACGGUGGAGAUAGCGACGAUGAGACUCAUGCUGGACUACUGGUUUUCUCUCCGGGACGUAAAUUUCCCCCUCUACAGGAUGGAUUGCGCCAAAUAGAUCUAGUACCUUCUCUAGCUCUGCUCCUCGGCCUUCCUAUUCCAUUCUCAAAUCUGGGGAUAGUGAUUGAAUCAGUUUUCCCGCAGAACCUUACUGAACAGGCCAUAGCUCUAAAUUAUGAACAAAUUCGAAGAUUUGCGAAUUCUUAUGCUGCAGCUAAUCCAUCAUUCGAAAUUUCGGAAAUUAUUGUCCGUGACGCAACAAAUGCUGUAGAACAACUAAGAAUCAUGCACCGGUUGCAAGCAUCUCUUCGAGCCGCAUGGACUCAGUUCGAUCUAUCCCUCAUGAGAAUCGGGUUGCUAUCCUUUGUCGAGACCCUACUGUUCACCAUGUCCUCUCGAUCACUCUCAGCAGCUCAGUCUGUCGUACGCUCAGGAUGUCUCCUGCUCCAACUAUCUGUAAUAUUCGGUGGUUCCAACGAUAGUCCAGCAGUGCCGCUGCUACUGGCAGUUCUACCCUUAUCGGCACUUCAUUCGAUAACUUCUUUAAUUUCUGGGCUUCUAUCUCUACGCUUGUCGUCAUUUUCGACAUUAUUUGCCUAUCUCUGCGUCAUUCUCCAUUCUUUUUCGUUUCUUUCUAACAGCUAUAUUGUCUAUGAGAGCCACGUCGUGAGAUUUGUGACACAAAGCAUUUUGCUCGUUUGCUUUGUGGAGAAAGCAGCUAGCGCAAUCUCGGAUCGCAAAGCAGUUGUUCGUACAACUUCUCCACUUCAAGCAGUGCUCUCAAGAUGUAACACAUGGGAUUUGGGAGUACUAAUCCUGUCUCUACUAUUGCUCAGAUUUGAGCCUAUAUUUCAUCGAUGCAGGGAAGAAGAAGUUGGCUGUCAACAGUAUCUACCACUUGAGUUAAUAACGUCUUUGUCAUCAGAUGCACUUUUCUGGCGGUUCAUCCUAGCAACGGGAGCCAUAUAUUCGCUGAACUUUUUUAUCGGAAGCAUUCUACCAAAAGACCUCCCGAAUUCGAUCAGAAUUGCUCGAGCGCUUUCAUGGCCCUGCCAUGCAUUCAUAACACUUUAUCACUUAAUUCAAAUCGCUCCGCAAGCUGAAGCAAUGCAGAAGCGGGUAGAAACAAUGAGCAUCGCUCUUGCUUUGAGUGUUUACGCCAUAUCUGCUAUUGCUAUCAUCUGCGAGUAUGUCGGCACGAAGGCUACUUAUGGUCGCGCUGCCUAUCUCUGUUUCGUUCACACAAUCUGCUGGCCCUUACUACUUCUUCUUGGCGAUGGCCUGCAACCUUCUUUCAUCGGAUUUUUAAUCAUUCUUUAUGGAUCCGUUCAUUUAUCCAACGAAGCUGUGCUUCCACCUCUCCUAUCACUGUUGAUUCCACUUGGGUUCUACCUCACCGGACAUUCACCGACGCUGUCGAAUAUUCCAUGGCAAGCCGCAUUUGUUGGUAUUCCUGAGUCGUUGCUUACAUCAGUCUAUCAUAUCACCAGACGUGAAGAGCGACUCUGA